CCCUUCUUUAAAAAGGCGCCACAAUUGUUUGACGCCUUCCUCUCAGACCCUGGGACCAUCAUGUCUCUGAAGACGUCCCUGAAUCCGGGAAAGGAUCUUGGUCUUAUGUUCGCUGAGUACUGCAGCUGCAAGGAUGAACAAGAAUCCUAUGCAGCAGAAUACUUUGCCAAGGCCUGUAUGCCUAACUCAGAGGAUUUAUUCCGUGGUCCUUGUGGUUGUUGUGCCAGAGGUGGUGGCUCUACUGAUGACGAUUUUCGUGACUGGUAUGACAAGCUGUCUGUCUACACUUYGGACAUGGACGUGGAACAGAACAGUGGUGACGCUGACGUUGAUGUACACCUUACUCUCAAAGAUGAUAACAGGGCAUCAGCGAUUCCUGAAGUCGUCCCACAGUCUUACCUUGAGGURAGGGAUGGUGAUGAUGAUGGUGAUGGUCAUGCUGGUGAUUACAGAAAUGCAGUUGCCAGCUGUGGUCCUGACAUGGGCGAAUCCGUCACUAUUGAACUGGCUGAGAGCAAUGUCGAUAACAUCAACAAAAAUGAUGAGGAUGAUGGCCAUGGAGAUGAGAGUAAAGGGGAUGGUCUUGGUUAGGCUGAUGACCUCAAGGAGGAGUUAGCAAAUACUAGUGCUCGACACGAUUAUGGCAGAGC